GUCUUUCGGUGCCUCGAGGGAGAUACACAGCACAAAUGAUGAAUCCGUAGCCAAAUUCGAACAAUCACACCAUGAUUUUUGUUCGUCUUUGUACGUUGAAUAGUAGUCUGAAGUAUGGAUGAGCCUUGCGGCCCUGAAAUAGCUAGCCCUGGGUUUCAGUUGCAGCUCGAACACAGCACGACUUCCUCGCAGAUGAGUCAGAAAAAUUCAAUGGCAACAGCCAGUGAAGCGCGGAACGUUGAGGGCGAAAUCCAUUUUUCGCGGCUUGAAGCUUUGGACCCGCAAAAACGAGAGUUGUUGGAAGCAAGAUUCUCCACUCCACGGAGUAUCAAUCAAGAUUCUCAACAGAGCAAUGCCAGUAUCUCCUCUGUGGGAAGUGAUAAAGAAUUUGAGAGCACUACACCUGGCCAGAGAACAGAGAAGCAUUCUGGAAGGAAACGAAAAGCAGCUGUGGAUGGAGACUCUCCUGGUAUUCUCAGUAAAAGUGGACGCUCAGAAGCGAGCAAUAAAAUCACUGAGUAUUUCAAGAAUGAAAGUUCCCCUGCACGUCGAAGUCCACAGAAUCUCUUACCAUCAUUUACAUCUCAGUUCCAAGCAGAUAGUAGCUCUACAUUGCCCUGUCCAUUAAAAAUCAAAGCUUGUCCACCUGAAUCUGAGUCAGACGGAUCUGAUGGGAUUGAUUCUGCUGGAAUAUUUGUUCACGAAUCAACACAGACAAUCCUGACAACUGACAGCCUAAGGGAAAUGGAGACAUUCUUUUCAUCAGGAGUGGCUUCUUCCCAAGAAAAGGAAAGCAAGAUUGAAGAUCUUGAAAGGCUUGUUGAGGACUACAAAAACCAGCUUGAUAUUCAACAGAAAGCUGCUGCUAAGGCAAAAGAAAGUCUGGAGAAGUGUUUAGCUAUCAACAAGAAACUGCUUAUUACUGCUUCCACCCUCGAAAAGAAAGCGGGCAGAGAAACUUGCAUGAAGAACAGAUUACGACUGGGUCAGUUUGUCCCUGUCAGACAAGGAGUGUCAUUUGUAGAGACAUGGGUAGAUGGACAUGCCUUCAAAGAGCUGGCAGGGCAACAAGAAAGAAUAAAUCAGCAAAGGGAGGAAUUAGAAAAACAGAAGAAAGCCUUGGCAAAGAAAAAGCCGCCUUCUAAUACCGCAAAUGUGAAAGAAAAAAGACUUUCAAAGACGUCCAGUUCAGAUAGUGAUCAGUUUGCAAGGCCAACAUCACCAGUGCUUUCACCAAUGGAGUACCAUGAGAGAGAGGAAAUUUUAAAACUCAGAGCUAUGGCACUUAAAAAGGAAGAGACAGAUCUUCAAAUGGAGUUAGAAAAACUGGAUAGAGAAAGGAACCUCCAUAUACGAGAGUCAAAAAGAAUACACAAUGAAGAUAAUUCAAAAUUUAAGGAUCAUCCAACUCUAAACAGUAGAUACUUAUUGCUAAAUUUAUUAGGUAAAGGAGGCUUCAGUGAAGUUUAUAAGGGAUAUGAUCUCAAGGAACACAGAUAUGUCGCCUGCAAAAUACAUCAAUUAUUUAAUGACUGGAAAGAAGAUAAGAAAACAAACUAUAUUAAACACGCGUUACGAGAGUACAAUAUUCAUAAGUCACUAGAUCAUCCAAGGAUUGUGCGCCUUUAUGAUGUCUUUGAGAUUGGUCAACACUCGUUCUGUACUGUUCUUGAAUACUGUGAUGGCAAUGACUUGGAUUUCUUGCUGAAACAACAUAAAACAGUGCCAGAAAGAGAAGCGAAGUCUAUCGUUAUGCAGACCGUGAGUGCCCUCAAGUAUUUGAACGAAAUAAAACCACCAGUCAUUCACUACGAUUUAAAGCCUGGUAACAUUCUCCUAGUGGGCACCGGUGCACUCAGUGGGGAGGUGAAGGUCACAGAUUUUGGUCUCAGUAAAGUCAUGGAUAGUAGUGACGACAGUAUGGACCUUACUUCUCAAGGAGCCGGUACUUACUGGUACCUCCCCCCUGAGUGCUUUGUUGUCGGGAAGGAGCCGCCAAAAAUAUCUUCAAAGGUAGAUGUGUGGUCGGUGGGUGUAAUAUUUUUUCAAAUGCUUUAUGGCAAAAAGCCGUUUGGUCACAACCAGACUCAAGCAGCCAUCUUGGAAAAUAACACGAUUCUAAAGGCGAGAGAGGUGGAUUUCCCCGCUAAACCUGCCGUUAGUAACGAGGCAAAGAAUUUCAUACGCCGUUGCCUUGUCUACCGGAAGGAAGAGCGAGCAGAUGUACUGACGUUGUGUGAAGAUCCCUAUCUUAAGCCACCAGUGAACAGAAAAAACACAUCCACUGUUGUCAAUUCCCAGACGUGACGUAACGCAAUGUUAGCCUCGAUGUAACGCAGUGGACGUAACGUUAAGUCGAGCGUGACGUAACGCAAGCAACGAUCAGGCCAUGUCAGGAUUACUUCAAUCCUUCGAGGAGUUGGGAGUUCAAAGAAGUAAAAUCAGGCUACAAAAUUGACGAACAGUUGCAGCAUAAAGCAUGGAGGUGAACAGGAAAAUGUCCCCAUGAAGGGCCACUAGUGAAACUGCAAAGCGCAGAAAGUCGUGAUAGUACAGAUUGGUCGAUUCUGUUAAUAUAUUUUAGAGCUAACCUUGCAAAAUGGAUGCCAAGGUUUUCGAGGUUUUUGUUUAUCUCGACCAUAGCGUUUAUUUUUCUCUUGUAAUGCCAGCCAUGUUCAGUUUAGGUAAAAGAGUUACAUGCUCAGAUUAGCAAGUCUGAGUGUCGAAUUACUUUCUGAAAUUUUGAUUGGUUAACAGUGACAGGGCUUGCUUUAGUACCUUGCUUCUGAUUGGUCCGUUUUCUCAGAGUUGAUUGAAAUUGGAUUUGGAAGUAAACUUGAAACACAUCCCUUAGGAAUUAUCUUAAUUUCAGGCGAACUAGUUAAGGACUAGUCCAUUAGUCAUAUCUGUUAUGUUCUUUAGAUCGCUAAGAACCAACCUCGUUCUCAGGAACUUUUCCCUAAGAACAUUGUUUCUGUCUUCUCCAACGACCUCCGUCCUAUUUUCCGCUGUUGAGUUGAACGUUCCCGUUGAAGUCAUUUAGUAGUAACUAUAGUUAAAAUUGAAGGUCAUUAGUAACAGGGG